AUGCUCCUCUCAGGUCUAGCAGGGAUAAUAGUCAUCGAAAUAUACGCCGCAGUCAUGCAACGAGAAUUCCAGAAUACAGACAACCAAGUCGGAAAGGGCUUCGCCGUCCUAGGAAUCUACCUCUUCGUCGUAGCCUACUACGGAAUGCUAAACAGCACAACCUGGCUUUACGGCGCCGAAGUCCUCCCUAUAUCCCUCCGAAGCAAAGUAAUGGGUCUAGCAGCUGCCUCGCACUUUAUCGUCAAUGUCGCAAUCACCGAAGCUGGCCCAAGUGCGUUCGCUAAUAUCGGGGAGAAUUAUUAUUAUGUUUUCGUGGCUUGUUCGGCUUUCUUCCUAGUUGUGGCUUACUUCUACUUUCCGGAGACCAAGCAGAAGACGCUCGAAGAAAUUGCUGCCUCGUUUGGUGAUAAGGUUGUUGCACCUGGGGAGAAUGGUAAGGAUGGGGAUGAUGGAGAUGACGCUGGAAAGCCUACAUCUGAGCGAGUGGAAGUUGCUUGA